ACCAAUCGGAAGUGAGUAUUUUUCGCGCUGGUUGGCCGGAGAUUUUGAGUUUCCCGCAAGCUUUUGAUUCGACUUGAAUGAAAUCCCUCUGCUUUUCAGAAUGAAUACGGACAUGUAUCCACUAUAACGACCGAGAGGAGAUUCAACAGUGAGCCUGGAGGGGGUUGGAUGGGAUGGACGGCAUAGGUAGCUCCCUGCCUUCAAUGCCAGAACCUGCCAGCCCAAUCAACAUGAAGCAGCCGCCAGAGUCCCUCAGUGUUCGGAAAGGAGGGGGGGACAUGAGCAAUGACCCUGCUUUACUAAUGGACAAAGCUGCUGCUCAGCUAGCCGCCACACUACAGGAUGGCCUACAGAAGAUGGCUGGCCACAAUCAUAUCACCCACAGCCACGAGAGGCUCAAAGAUCUCACCUCCAUUAUGCUGAAUGGCGACCAAGACACGCUCCCUAAGCUUUGUGCUCCAGAGCUACCUAUGCUUAAGGGCGCUGAAGCCCCUUCUACGAAUGGCACCCAUCAACAUAAUUGCACUCCUCAUACUGAACAUGAACUCAAGGAACAGCAGCCGCUGUUUGAGCAAUGUUGUGCCAAUGGGACCAGUUUGGCCACGGCCACCGAAGGUACUUUAUCAGGACCUGAGAAGAGACAGGACUCAAAGAAAAGGAGGGUGGGACCUCACAAACCAAACCUACUUGCUAUCCCUGUGGAGCCACUUGACCUCACCAAGGCUGUAGAUGGACCAGCUGAAAAGCUUGAACUUAUUGAAGAGUUUCCGCAGGAUAAAAAAGAAUCCCCUCUGCUGAUCCGGUUUUCUAUUGGUGAUUUGGUUUGGACCAAAGUGUCAGGAUACCCCUGGUGGCCUUGCAUGGUGACCACAGACCCAGAUUUCAACACUCACAUUAAACAGAAACAGAAAGCAAUCACUACCAGGUAUGGCCCCCUCUACCAUGUGCAGUACUUUGGAGACGCUCCAGAGAGAGGCUACAUCUUUGAGAAGAACAUGGUGACCUUUACUGGGGAAGAUCAAUAUGAGGAGCUUAUCCAGCGCAACAAACGACCAGCCUCCCGUGAGAUUCACAAAAAGACGGCUUCCUCUGUGCCCCGUAAACUCCAGACUCAGUGGAACAUGGGUGUCAUGCAGGCUAAGGAGGCCAUCAGCAUGUCACAGCACGAGCGCAAAGUGAACUUCACAUUUCUGUACGAUGAGGACGGUCCUCACAUGAACCCCUGCAUCCUGGAGAAGUUGAAGCCAGAACCGAGCAACGAGCAGGCCCAGGAGACAGAAUCGAGACUCAGCCCAGAACCUCCCUCCCUGAUGUUGGGCGGCGCCGCAGACCCCAUAGCCGCCCCUCAAUCCCAAGAAAGCACUUCAACAGAGAAAAAGACACGAGCACCCAGAAAACAACUCAACUCAGGAGGAAGCCGAAGAACGGGCAAAGGCCUUCUAAAAAAUGUACUAUCGAAAAAACUGCUGAAAAAGACACUUUCUUCCAAAGAUGUGAUUCAUCCGCAGCCAGCCUCACAGGAUGCUACCACUUCUGCACCAGACCUGGAAGCUGAAUCAGACAUACCUCAGAAGAAAAAGCGAAGACCCCGACAGCCUCAGUCUCCCAUAAAGAUCGUGAGGAGACAGAAAAAAUCUACAACGGACACAACUGCCCCAGUAAAGAAAAGGAAAUCGAAGCUGGUUUCUUCGACAGACAAUAUCUCAGAGCCAGUCCCACUUGCAGUUUCAGUUCCAGUCAAGAAGCAGCGAAAGAGGACGCCUAAAAGCCCACCAACAGAUGCUACGGCAGACAAGGCUCAGCCGCCCAAAAAGAGACUUAGAACCACCAAAGAAGUUGAAAAACAGGCUUUGACUACAGAAGGAACAGAAAAAAAGCGGAGAAGAAAUAAAACGGACAAAGAUGUAACAGAACCCAAGAAGAGACUCCCAAAGUCAAAAGCUCUCCUCGCUGACCAAGAAGCGGAGAAACCAAAGCGUAGAAGGAAAAGGAAGCAGGAUGGAGAACUCAUGCCCUCCAAGGCGAAGAAGAGGAGGACCUCCCUGUGUCCGGAUCCCGAGGGUUCUGGGAGUGAAGGACGUCCUGAUUCUCCAAUUGGCUUAGACGGGAUAAAGAAGGGCGAACGGAAGAAAGAGUUUUUCCUGCAGGUGUGUCAGCAGGCUGGUGAGGACCUAGUUGCCUGUGAGGGUCAGUGCUGUGGGAUGUUUCACCCAUGUCUGGGUCCGUCAGUCAAACCUGACGAGAAGCUGCUGUGUCAGGAGUGCAGCACAGGGAUUCACUCAUGUUUCCAAUGUAAGCAGUCGGAUGGGACUCUGCGUCGCUGCCACGUCCAAAACUGCGGCAAGUUUUACCACGAGGCGUGCAUCAGCCUCAACCCCCUCACUGUGUUCGACAACAAGGGCCUCCGCUGUCCGCUGCACGCCUGCCUCAGCUGCAACUUCGACUGCCGCAACAAGCAGAAGUCCACUAAGGGGAAGUUGAUGCGUUGCCUGCGCUGCCCCGUGGCGUACCACGUGGGUGACCUGUGUGCGGCUGCGGGAAGUGAGAUGAUCACCAACACGGCCUUCAUCUGCACCAACCACUUCAGUGCCAAGAAGGGGUACAGGCACCACACGCAUGUGAACGUCAGCUGGUGCUUCGUCUGCUCCAAAGGAGGCCAGCUGUUGUGCUGCGAGUCUUGUCCGUCAGCUUUUCACCCCGACUGCCUGAACAUCGUUAUGCCUGAUGGGAGCUGGUUCUGUAACGACUGCCGAGCCGGAAAGAAACCCCAAUACAGAGACAUCAUCUGGGUCAAACUGGGAACAUACAGAUGGUGGCCUGCAGAGAUCCACCACCCCAGAAAUGUCCCCACCAACAUCCAGCACCUUCGCCAUGAGAUCGGAGAGUUCCCCGUCUUCUUCUUUGGCUCCAAGGAUUACUUCUGGACUCACCAGGGCCGAGUGUUUCCCUACAUGGAGGGAGACCGAGGCAGCAAGCACCAGGGGACCAGCAUCGGAAAAGUCUUCAAGAACGCUUUGCUGGAGGCUGAAGCUCGUUUCAAGGAGAACAAAAUCAAACGAGAGGCCAAGGAAGCGCAAGAGAACACCCGAAAGCCACCCCCUUAUAAGUUUAUCAAGGUGAACAAACCGUACGGUAAGGUUCAGGUCUACACUGCGGACAUUUCUGAGAUCCCGAAGUGUAACUGCAAGCCGUCGGUGGACAGGCCGUGUGGGUUUGAGUCGGAGUGUCUGAACCGCAUGCUGCAGUACGAGUGCCACCCGCAGGUGUGUCCCAGCGGGGUGCGCUGCUGUAACCAAGACUUCACCAAACGCCUCUACCCCGAGACCAAGAUCAUCAAGGCGCCCGGGAAGGGCUGGGGCCUGAUCUCUCUGCGGGACAUCAAGAAGGGCGAGUUUGUGAACGAGUACAUCGGAGAGCUGAUAGACGAGGAGGAGUGCAGGGCGAGGAUCAAGUACGCCCACGAGAACAACAUCACAGAUUUCUACAUGCUCACCAUCGACAAGGACCGGAUCAUUGACGCUGGUCCGAAGGGAAACUACUCUCGCUUCAUGAACCACAGCUGUCAGCCCAACUGUGACACGCAGAAGUGGACGGUGAACGGAGACACGAGGGUCGGCCUGUUCGCCGUCUGCGACAUCCCAGAGGGCACUGAGCUGACCUUUAAUUACAACCUGGACUGCCUCGGGAACGAGAAGACGGUCUGUCGCUGCGAGGCUCCAAACUGCAGCGGUUUCCUUGGUGAUCGGCCAAAGAACUCAAACGGACAGACAGCUGAGCCCAAAGGGAAGCGGUUGAAGAGAAAGUAUAAGAAGAAGAAAGCGGAGGGGAAGAAGAAGUCUGAUGACGACUGUUUCCGCUGCGGAGACGGAGGGCAGCUGGUGCUCUGCGACAAGAAGAUGUGCAGCAAGGCGUAUCACCUGACUUGCCUGAACCUCACCAAGAGACCCUUCGGCCGCUGGGAUUGCCCCUGGCACCACUGUGACGUCUGCGGGAAAACCUCGGAGGCUUUCUGCCAGCUCUGCCCCAACUCCUUCUGCAAGGCCCACCAGGAGGGGGCGCUGCAAACCUGGCCCCCCACGGGGCAGAUGUGCUGUCAGGAGCACGAGGAGCUGGAGGGAACGAUCACCCAGGAACCGGUGGAAACCUCUGGGCCGAACGCGACAACACCGACCGUCACUACUGCUCGUCCUGCUAAAGGCUCCAGGAAGGCCAGAGGAGCCCCCGCCAAAAUAAAAGGCUCCAAGAGGAAAGCAGCAGAGGCCUAAAAGUGACCUCUGACCCCUCAGAGAGAAACCACUCUGACACGUGUUUCCCCAUUGGUGGACAAAUAUAAACCCUGCUUACUUAAGUCUCGCAAGAUCACAAAACCAAGGCACGGUACAUCUUCAUCAGGGAAAGCCGCUGAUUCCUCACAUGCUCGGCAGCGGCCUCUAACGUUCUUAACUUUUAAACGUGUUCAGGUUUAUUUCUCUUCUCCGCACUGAGGCGAACCAUCUGUGGUGAAAAGCUGCAGAGCGAGCGCAGGUUAGAACACGUGCCUAUUUCUACCCUCAUUCUUCAUCCAACAGGACUGCCUUUUUUACUCUUUUAUAUUAGAAUAACAAAAGGAACCAGUGGGUUUCUGCAGGAAGUCAAACUGAGCUUGCCCCCCCCCCCAUCACUUCACACGGAUCAUCAGCAGAGUUUUUAUAGCUAUAUCUAUAUAUGUGUAUAUCAAAGACAAACAUUAUGAAUAGUGUAAAACUUCAAACCGGUUGCAAAAACGUUUUAAUUUUUAUAUAUAGUAUAUAUGCCAGAGGUAAACCAGACACUAUGGCUUCAGAUGACCUUUUUGUUUUGUUAGGUUACAUUUAACCGUAGACAUUUGUUUGCUAUUUUACAACCUGUUGUUUUUAGCUCAGAUUUACCGUUUUAGAGUCUUGUUUUCAUUUAGGGAUCAGAAUGCUGAACCAGAGAACCAUGGGGUUUUAAAAGUAUUAAACUGAGAGACGCUCUUAAACUGCCGCCUUAAAUAGAAACACUACUGGGUCUUUACUGCUCGAGGCUACCCAGAAACAUGAAGGAAUAAGUGUGAUUUUCAGGAAGAAAGUUCUACAUUGAGUUUUGAGACUGACACUUAAUAUGCUGUCACUUUUUUUGAUGCCUAUUAAAAUGUUGAAGACCUCUCAGUGUCACCUGGCCGAGCCUUUCAUUGAGCGUAAAACCAUUCAUAUUUCAUCUGUAGAUUAGCUUUUAAAAGACAGACGUCUUUUGUUUUUAUUCCAGGAGAUUUUGAGUCUUAAACGGCAUCUAGCUUGUACUUCUAAACGCUGGCUAGCAACUUGUUUUGAGGGGUGAUGAGUCCCGUAGACUAGCUGGAAAUCUAAAAGGCUGAAAAUGUGGAGCUGAGCCCUAAACACUCUGUCCAAGAUGUCCUAAAAUGGCCACUAUAGUCUGAGCUUUGAACUAUUUCAGACAUUCAGGAACAUUUGUUCCAUUUGAAGUUGGUGUUGGUUGAGCAAAAAACAAAAGCUGGCUCUUUCUUUUUCCGUUUUGAAUUUUGAGAUGCUCGUCUCACAUUUCAUAUUCAAGUCUGCAUAUUCGAGUGAUAAGUUUACCUUUUUGGGGGUUGGCUCAUUAGGGUUUUGUGUCCAAGAAUGUUGAGGCUAUGGACAGUUUUUGCACCGUUUUUAUUUCAUAUCUGACGUUUAUUUAUAAAAAAAGUUUUAAUAUCUGGAUCAACUGGACCAGUUCAUCUAAAGGCUACUGUCUGGGCUUUUCAGUUUUUCCUCUAAAACCUUUAAGUUGUACACCAAGUGACACGAGAACAGUGCAUUUUUGGAUAUAUUUUUUUAUAACCGCACCUUUUUUUGUUUUAUUUUUAAGUGUUUUCCUUCUUCCCAGGGCGUGUGAAUGCGACGCGUCCGGGGUUGCAGCGAGUGUCGUACGAGUAUUUUUCCACUUUCUUUGUAUCCUAACGGUCGUGUUGAGUGAAUGUAGACCAGCCAGUUGUUUUGUUAGCACUGUAAACCUGUAGAGCUGUACCGUUUCCUUCUGUAACUACUGUCCUAGUGAACCAGAGACUAAUAUGUACAUACUGUAUAAGUGGUAAUAGUGAUGCAUUUAUUGUAAAUAUACAGUUUCUCUGACAUCGUAUGUUUUGUUUUUUCUUGAUGCAGUGCUGAAACACUUUUGUGCAGGAUCUCACGUCUGUUGAAUCGUGCAAUAAAAAGUGAACAACAUGCA